GGCGGCCUUACCGGAAAAUGCGCGCGUGUGCUGUCACACGCGGCUUGACGCAGCGUCGCAGCGGCAGGGCCGUAUCUAUCCGUUCUCGGUGGGUGGGGAGACAAGGAGGCGACACCAGCCAGCGAGCCCGCAAGUCGACACGGUUUGUUUGUUUUUUUCCGCCAAGACUCCGCACGCUUUGCCGUUUGCAACCUCGACAAAAGGAGCCGUGAGAGUCCAGAGGGUCUUGUGGGAGCCAUGGCCAGUGUUUAUGGAUGGCCAAUGAACACUCUUAACCCAGUCCAAACAGCUAGCCCCUUCCUCGAGAUCAUCGAGCAGCCCAAGCAGCGCGGGAUGCGGUUUCGGUACAAGUGCGAGGGCCGUUCCGCGGGCAGCAUACCUGGGGAGAAAAGCAACGACACCACCAAGACCCACCCGGCCAUUAAGGUGCACAAGUACAGCGGCCCCUUGCGCGUUCGCAUCUCCCUGGUGACAAAGAACACGCCGUACAAGCCCCAUCCGCACGAGCUGGUCGGAAAAGACUGCAAGCACGGCUACUACGAGGCCGACCUGCAGGAGAGGCGCGUGCACAGUUUUCAGAACUUGGGCAUUCAGUGCGUGAAGAAGAAGGACGUGAUUGAGGCCAUCACGUGUCGGCUGCAGACCAACAACAACCCGUUCAACAUUCCCGAGGCCAAGGUGUGGGAGGAGGAAUUUGACCUGAAUUCGGUGCGGCUCUGCUUCCAGGCCUCCAUCACGCUGCCUACGGGGGAACUCUUCCCCCUGGACCCCGUGGUCUCGCAGCCCAUCUUUGACAACAGGGCCCCCAACACAGCGGAGCUGAAGAUCUGCAGAGUGAACCGCAACUCGGGCAGCUGUAAAGGCGGCGAUGAAAUCUUCCUACUGUGCGACAAAGUGCAAAAAGAGGACAUCGAGGUGCGCUUCUUCCAGGACUCCUGGGAGGGCAAGGGCACUUUCUCCCAAGCGGACGUCCACAGGCAGGUGGCCAUCGUGUUCCGCACGCCACCCUACCGCGACGCCAACCUCAGCGAGCCCGUCCGCGUGAAGGUGCAGCUGCGCCGGCCCUCGGACCGCGAGGUCAGCGAGCCCAUGGACUUCCAGUACCUGCCCGCUGACCGGGACGAAUAUAGGCUGACUGAGAAGCGGAAACGCACUGGCGAUAUGUUCCAGAAUCUGAAGCUUGCAUCUGUGCUGUCUACAGAUCGAAGACACAUCAGCCCCGUCCGGAGGACGGUUCCAGCCAAACAUCCGUCAAUGAUGGCCCCACAUUUUCCCCCCUUUGCCAGCGGAGCCAAAUCGCAACCCACCUUCACUUAUUUGCAGCAGAGCCAGAUGUUCUUGGACCACAACAAGGUGGGGGCCUCACCUUCCCCCUCCUCUUCUUCCUCCUCUUCCUCCAAUUCGGCAGCAGCAGCUACGAGCCAAACGUGGAAGAUCAUGGAGAGCUUGAACCUGGGCCCGCAGCCCAAAGUCGCGCAGGGUUCGAGUUUCGCCGUGAACCAGCCGCCCGUUUCCAGGCAGGACUACUCCACCCUCAAACUGUCAGACCUUCAGGAAUUCUUUCCCGACAUCUCCUCGGUCAUCACCCAGGAGCCGUUGGCCUCGCAGGGGGGCGUGGCCUCUUCGCACUCUGCCGGCUUCUUCCCCUUACUGGGCUCUCAGUUCCCAGCGGACGACGCUUCGGCCGAGGACGACAUCCCGCAGUUCCCCAGCUUUCCGGAAGCCCAGGCGCCGGGAACCCUGGACAGCCUCAACAUGGACGACUUUGUCGACCUGCUGAACCCUCCGCACGAGAGCGUCAACGGCCAGCGACCCGGCCCCUCCUCCGCCUCGUCGGCCACGACCCACCGCAACGCGGCGGCGCAGAACACUUUGGACCCGGCCGGCAUGCCGGGGAGCACCUGGAUGAAUUAUCCCAACAGCAUCGUCAACCUGCUCCAGAACGAGAGCAUGAUGGACGUCUUGACCAGUAACAACAACCAGCAGCGGCCCGCCGUGCUGGACGAGUUUGACGAGUUGAUAUCCGUGGAUGAGGAUCAUCUCAUUUCCAUUUUCACAGCGGAAGCCAAGCUGGUUUUGUUUCAGGACACCCGACCUAAAACGCAUUUAAGAGCCCUGUUCAUCACGCCGCUUGUUUCGGGCCCAUUUGGAAAACCAUUUCAACAUUUAUUCCAGAUCCUCCAUAUCCUAGUACGCUCUUUGUCCUCACUAGUUACACGGUUUCAGGGUUCUGGUUUUGAGUCGGGUUACUUGUGAGGACAACGAGCGUACUAGUACAUGGACUGAAAGGUGGAUUUUAAAUAGAUGCUGCAAAGGCUUCCCUUAGGGCAGACAUGAAGGGACCGAAUGUAGCUCACGAGGACACCAGCAAUAAAUGUUGCCCAGCAUUUUAUUAUUCGAAUUUUUUUUGUAACUACAACAACGACAGGUCUGCUAUUCUCACGAGAAAUGCGAACAGAUUUAAAGGUAAGUCUAUGCCUACAAGUGAAGGCAUUCCAGCACCUUCCCCCCCCCCCCCCCGCCCCACAAAGUAAAAAAACAAAACAAUUCCCAACGACAGCUCGUAACUCAUGGGGCACUCGUUAGUCAAGGUAACGAUGUACUACUUUUCUUGAACAUCUCGCCAAAUUGUAGUCACGUGCGCAGAACCAAAUGAAGGGUCUACUUGUAAAUAAUACAGGCAACAUUCACGUGUGCUGGUAUAGCAAUGAACUGUGAAAGGUUUCAUGCUUUGUUUGGCGGCAUCAUUUAUUGCUGUGUUUCCCAACCUUUGUGCCAAUAUAUAUAUAUAUAUACCUGUAUAUACAUAAGAACAAAACAAAAAAAGUCAUAACUGUUCUAUUCUCGUGUCAACUUUUUUCUAAAUGCCAGAAACAAAAAUGAUGGCGACAUCAUCGUCAAUGCAGCGAUGGGAGCUUCUGAAUGAUCUCAAGCAGGGCUGACUUCUUCGGGAGUCACAAGGACUCAUGCCAUACCGCUUAUGACAAGGCUCCUUUCAACUGCGUCCGAGUUAAUUCAGUCCAAGCAUGGCUUUUAUUCUGUUGCUGGCCUCACGAAAACUAUUUGUUUUCCACUUCCACUUCCAUUUCCAUCACUUCCAACUUCAUCAUCGCGCUUCGGGUGCUCUCCCAAAUGUUCCCUGUUGAACAGGCAAUUUAGCACCUGCUGAUUUGGAUCUUAAUAGCAAAUCAGGCCUGUAGUGCCAUAGCACACUGGUUGGGAAUCACUGAUGUAUUGUAUGACAGCAGCUUUGUUUAAAUGGAUUCAAACCCACUUGCUUCAUUUUCUAAUAAAAGAUGUUUGGAGA